UUUGAGGUGCAAUCACAUUCACCCUUAUAAGAGAGAGAAAAAAGAGGAGAAAGGAGAGAGACCCUUCCAUGAAAGCCAUAAGAUGUGCACACAGUGAACUCCUUCCCUUGUCAAAACCAGUAAAGACAGAGUCCAAGCCAUAAGUCUUGCACACAACUCCUUCCCUUCUCAAAACCAGGAGAGAGAGAGAGAGUCCGGUUGAUCAAGAUGAGCGACCUAGCGGCCUUUACGGUGAGGAGCAUCCCGGGCAGCUACGGGCUGCCAUUGAUCGGGAACCUCAUGGACCGAAUGGACUACUUCUGGCUCGAGGGCCGCGAUAAGUUCUUCCAAAAUCGCAUGGCCAAGUAUCAGAGCACAGUAUUCAGGGCCAACGUGCCUGCUUCCGCUCCCCUCUUCGGGGGAAGUGAUCCAAGAGUCAUAGCCAUCGUCGACUCCGCAGCCUUCACCACCCUUUUUGAUAUCUCUCUGGUUGAAAAGAAAGAUGUUUUGGUUGGAGACUAUCUCCCGAGUCUCGACUACACCGGAGGGAUGCGCGUUCUUGCGUAUCUCGACCCGUCAGAGCCGCAGCAUUCCUCCAUCAAGUCAUUCCUCUUGGACAACCUGCGUAGAAGCGCAAAGACAUGGGUACCAGAUCUCCAGAGUAGCUUGGAGCCCUUAUGGAGCACGCUAGAGAAGGAUGUACAGGAGAAGGGCAGUGCUGGUGUGCUGCUACCCUUGCAAAAGUUUCUCUUCUCCUUCCUCUCCAAGGUGCUGCUUGGGGCUGACCCCGCUGUAGAUCCCGAGAUUGCCAAGAAUGGCCACUUCAUAAUCGACAAGUGGCUCGCCCCCCAGCUCGUUCCAACUGUGGGCACCGGAGGCCUGAUCCCUUACCCCUUGGAAGAGCUCUUGCUCCACAGUUUCCCUUUACCCUUUGCCUUUGUUCGAGGUGGCUAUCAGAAGCUUUAUGAUUUCAUUCUCAACCACGCGAAGGAUGUCUUAUCGAUCGCCAUUAACGAAUACGGCCUCACGGAGGCCCAAGCAACACACAAUCUUCUGUAUACUCUCGGAUUCAAUGCAUUUGGUGGCUUCUCGAUCUUCCUUCCUUCUUUGAUUUCCUACAUUGGAAAGGAUCCUAGACUGCAAGAGAGGUUGCGCACAGAGGUAAGGGAUGUGAUGAACACACAUGAGGGAGUGAGCUUCAAUGCAGUGUCAGAGAUGGAAUUGUUGAGCUCGACAGUCUAUGAGGCCCUGCGUAUAAAUCCACCGGUGGCAUUCCAGUAUGGGCGGGCACGGCGUGACUUUAUCUUGAAGUCGCACGAUUGUUCUUAUGGGGUACAAGCAGGGGAGCUGCUGUGUGGGUUCCAGCCUCUCGCCAUGCGGGACCCCAAGGUUUUUGAGGCGCCGGAAGAGUUUAGGGCCGAUAGGUUCAUCAAAGAGCGAGGGGGUGAGGGCCUAAUUCAAUAUGUCUAUUGGUCAAAUGGCCCUCAAACUGCGACACCCUCGGUGGAGAACAAGCAGUGCGUGGCCAAGGACUAUGUCAUGGCCACCACACGCCUCAUUUUGGCGGAGCUCUUCAUGCGAUAUGACUCUUUCCAACUCGACAAUGACUCAUCAUCUACCAUAACUUUUCUAAAGAGAAGAUCUUGAGACCACUUUGGUGGCAUUCACAUGUCGCUUUCUUUAAUGUUCACAUGGGACCUGGUAAAAUGUAAUGGAGUGGCACCGCCACCCUGACUACCUAUGUCAAGAGCUCGUUCCUAUGUGUGAAUCGAAUAAAAAUUUUCUUUUUGUUUCUCUUU